GCAACGGUUAUUGAUAGUGGAGAGCUCGAAUAGGUAACAAUGGCAGCUCUUGUAAUAACUGUGUCACAAGAUGGAACCGGACAGUACAGGACGGUGCAGGAAGCCAUAGAUGCUGUGCCACUCGGCAACACUCGCCGGACGGUGAUUAGGGUGUCCCCGGGAACCUACCGGCAGCCCCUCUACGUGGCAAAGACUAAGAACUUCAUCACCCUCGUUGGUCUGCGCCCCGAGGACACUGUUCUCACUUGGAACAACACUGCCACCUCAAUCCACCACCACCAGGAUGCUAGGGUGAUAGGGACUGGAACCUUUGGUUGUGGCACCAUCAUUGUGGAAGGGGGGGACUUUAUUGCUGAGAAUAUUACCUUCGAGAAUUCUUCCCCUCAGGGUGCAGGGCAAGCAGUAGCAGUUAGAGUAACAGUAGAUCGUUGUGCUUUCUAUAAUUGCAGGUUCCUUGGAUGGCAGGACACACUAUAUUUACAUUAUGGAAUACAAUAUUUGAAAGAUUGUUAUAUUGAAGGAAGUGUGGACUUCAUAUUUGGCAAUAGUACUGCACUCUUGGAACAUUGUCACAUCCAUUGCAAGUCCGCAGGGUUCAUAACUGCUCAAAGCAGAAACUCUCCACAGGAAAAAACUGGUUAUGUAUUCCUCAGAUGUGUUGUCACAGGUAAUGGGGGAACUUCAUAUGCAUAUCUUGGAAGACCAUGGAGACCUUUCGCAAGAGUGGUCUUUGCAUUCACUUACAUGGAUCAAUGUAUAAAGCCUGCUGGCUGGAAUAAUUGGGGGAAAAUUGAGAAUGAAAAAACUGCUUGCUUCUAUGAAUACAGGUGUUUUGGACCUGGUUGGUGUCCAUCCCAACGAGUAAAAUGGGCUAGAGAAUUACAAGCUGAAGCAGCAGAGCAGUUUCUCAUGCAUAGCUUCAUUGACCCAGAAUCAGAGAGACCUUGGCUUGCUCAAAGAAUGGCUCUGAAGAUUCCAUAUUCUGCUUAAAAAUUGUUGAGGACAUUGGAUUAUAAGGUCCCAAACAAAGAGUUAAUUAAUGACAUUGCUCGAGUGCUUGAUGCAUGCUAAUAUCCAAAUAAGGGAAAAUUUGUUUUCCCGAGAAGUUCUAAGACACUAGUCAAGAAAUAUUUAAUAAACCUACUUAAAAAUAUAAGUCUUAAAUAAUUUA